CGCAGCGCACCCAAAAAGUGCUCGGCGUGAUCUGAUCGGUGGGAGUGGGCUGAGCUGCGUGGGAACAGGGGUGUGUGUCGGACACGCACUUACGUUCCAGGCCUGGCACGGCUAUAUAAGAAGUGUGAUCAAAAGAGUCGAGCCAGGAAAAAAAAAAGUUUCCAAAGUUUGUACACUCCGGCCAGCUGAAGGAUUAGAAGCCUGAGGAGGAAUCAGCUGAUCCAAGUGCAGAGAAAGAAAACAAAAAAAAUGCCAGGUGAGUGGCCAGUAGUGCGGAACGCAUCAGAAGUGGGGCGUUUCCCUGGAGCAGCCCCGCCCACCAGAGAGGAGGUGACCAUACACAAGGAGGAGGAGAAGAAGCAGGAGGAGGGAUGCUGCCAUCGCUGGUUGAGGAAAAUGUGUCCAUGCUGCUGUAAACGCCAGAACUCUUAUGACAUCACAGAGAAGGUGGAGGUGAUCAAACCUCCACCUCCAGAGACGCCCAAACCCAAGCCUGAGGGCAUCGAUGGGAAGGAAAUGGAAGAACUGGUGUUAUCUGUGCGUUCUGUCGACCUGCUGAGCUCCAAAACGGGCCAGAACAGGCAGGAGCACCACACCGACCUGUAUCACGGGGACGAGUUGAUCAUCCGCAGGGGGCAGACCUUCCAGAUGGAGCUGGAGUUCAGCAGGCCCUUCAACCCUGACACUGACAAGAUGCAUCUGGAGCUCAAAACAGGUUCCCUGCCAAUGGUCUCCAAAGGCACCCAUGUCAUUGUUUCUCGGGUGGACAAACUGAAGGAAAAAGGCUGGGAGGCCAAGCUCGUGGAGCAGAAUGACACCAAGGUCAAACUGUCCAUCCACUCACCAGCUAGCGCUGUGAUUGGCCUGUACGAGCUCACCGUGACUACUUGCACUGCAAAGGGUGAGGCAGUGAAUGCCUACAAUGCCAACAAGAACAUCAUCAUGCUCUUCAACCCCUGGUGUAAAGACGACACAGUGUUCCUGGAUGAUGAGGAGCAGCGGAAGGAAUAUGUGCUCAAUGACACUGGGAGGAUUUAUUAUGGCACGGAGAAACAAAUUGGUACACGUACAUGGAACUUUGGGCAGUUCCAUGAGGGCAUUUUGGAGGCAUGUCUUUAUGUCCUGCAGAAGAGUGAAAUUCCUCCGUCAGGGCAGGGGGAUCCUGUCAAUGUGGUCAGAGUCAUAUCUGCCAUGAUAAACGCUCAGGAUGAUUUUGGGGUUCUGGUCGGAAACUGGUCAGGGGAUUACUCAGACGGAGUGUCUCCUGCAGCAUGGAGCAGUAGUGUUGAAAUCCUGAAGAAGUACCACUCCACCGACGGAACGCCUGUGUGCUAUGGACAGUGCUGGGUGUCUGCAGUCACUACAACAGUGCUCCGGUGUCUUGGCAUACCCGCCCGCAGUGUCACCAACUUCCAGUCUGCUCACGAUACAGAUGUAUCCCUCACUACAGAUGUAUAUUUUGAUGAGAAUAUGCAGCCAAUUGAACACCUCAAUCGUGAUUCUGUCUGGAACUUCCAUGUAUGGAAUGAUUGUUGGAUGGCCAGACCAGAUUUGCCCCCUGGUAAUGGAGGCUGGCAGGCUGUUGACUCAACCCCACAGGAAACUAGCCAAGGAACAUUCCGCUGUGGCCCUGCCUCUGUUAAUGCCAUCCGAUCCGGCCAGGUCUACCUCAAACAUGACACGCCCUUUGUUUUUGCUGAGGUCAACAGUGACAAGAUCUACUGGCAGAAGAACAAGGAUGGUACUUUCACUCAGAUCUUCAGUGAGAAGAAAGCUGUUGGCCACUGCAUCAGCACUAAGGCAGUGGGCUCAGAGGAGCGGGAUGACAUCACACACUUGUACAAACACCAGGAAGGUUCAGAAGAGGAGCGUAUCGCUGUGGAGACAGCCAGUCGUUAUGGCAGCAAACCAGAUGUCUAUUCCUCACCCAUUGCAGAGGACAUUAGCAUGGAGGUUAGGAUGGAUGGUGAAGGGCCCAGGAUGGGUGCUGAUGCCCAUCUAAGUAUAGUGGUGAAGAAUGAGAGCUCAAAGCCUCGCCGUACAAUGCUGCACAGCCAUGUGGCUGUCAUGUACUACACUGGUGUGCUGAAGGGCACCAAAAAGGAACAGAUUCCUGUGGAGCUUCUGCCUAAUGAAGAGAAGACUAUUGAGUGGCUGCUACCCUAUCAACAGUACCAAAACCAGCUGGUGGAUCAGGCGGCCUUGAUGCUGACCUUGUCUGGAAGGGUCAGUGAAACGCAGCAAGUCUUAGCCAACCAGACCACCUUCAGACUUCGUACACCUGACCUCAUUAUCACGCCUGUGGGUGAAGCUGUGGUUGGUAAGGAGAUGGCAGCCAAGAUCACAUUCACCAACCCCCUGCCUGAAAUGCUAAAGUCAGUGGUGUUCAGAGUAGAGGGCCUUGGUCUGCAAGAAGGCCAUGAAGUAGUUGUGGGUGAUGUUGGUGGCCACUCCACAGUGACAUUGACAGAGCACUUCAUCCCCACCCAACCUGGGCCCAGGAAACUGGUGGCAUCUCUUGACUGUAAACAGCUUUCACAAGUGCACGGAGUAGCUGAUAUCAACGUUCUUGAACAAUAAGAAGGAGCCGGCAAAACCAUUUCAUGCCGUUUCUCGCAUCACAGUUUCAACUCUAAGACUUUAAAAAUAUAAACUAAAACAAUAAUGUGAAAACAGAGCUUAGUACUUGCUAUCUUUAACACUUUGAUAUUUUAAAACUAUAGAGAAAUAUCAACUCUACCGAUAACAGUAUUGUUGUUUAACUUGAAGUUAUGUCAAUUUUCAAUUUUUUUUCAAUUUAUUUUCCUUUAUAUAGCGCCAAAUCACAACAGAGUUGCCUCAAGGCGCUUCACACAGGUAAGGUCUAACCUUACCAACCUCCAGAGCAAUAAUGGUAAGGAAAAACUCGCUCUGAGGAAGAAACCUCAAGCAGACCAGACAGAAACCUCAAGCAGACCAGGCGUCAUGUCAGUGUUUGUUUUUUGAAAAUGAAGAGGACAUCUUCGGUAUUCUUAUACCGAAGUCAAUAACUAUUGUAGCAAACAUAGAUGAAGUUACACAAGGUGUUAGUAAUGUAAAUUUCAACCUCUGUGAUUUACACCAUGCAGGCUAGCAAAGUAGAUGAUGCUAAAAGCUUUGGGGUGGAGUGAUAUUUUUUGGGACCUGCUACAACUAUGUAUUAAAGCAUUUAUUAUAUACAAAUAUGUAAUGUCACAUGUGCAAAAACAAAUUUUGUAAUAAAAUCACCACAGUACCCCAACAUUAUGCUAUAAACUCAAAUGCUCAACAAGUUUGUUGUCAAGUUAUUUAAUACGGCAAACUAUUGUAUUAACUGGGAUAGCCUAAUUAGCUCAUUUGCUACCUUAAAAAUAAACUAAUCACUUAAAAGAAAAGCAUUUGUAAUGUCCAGCCUUGUCUUACAACUUCCUCCAAACUAUAUCAAAUGGUUUUAGAUAUAGUUUAUAUUUUGGUAGGGCAGAGUUCCCUAACACUGUUUUACAUAUGGUAAGCUAAUGUGAUGCUGACUGCUGUUUUGGUUACCAUUUAUCUCUGUCACUUCAAAGGCUAGCAACAUUAUGAAGACAGACACACACAUAUAUAUAUCCCUUAUUUAACCAGGUAAAAGCCAAGAGUGACCUUGCGCCUAAUGCAUCUAGAAGGCAGCACAACAACAUAGCCACAAAGACAUAACUUUCAUACCACAACUAAUAUAUAUAUAUAUAUAUAUAUAUAUACACACACACACACAUUUCAAUCAUGGGCGCAAUUUGGUGGAGGAUAGGGGGGACAUGCCCCCCCCCCACCUUUUAGCACCUUCCCCCCCAAUUUCUAGUUCUAAAUUGCGCCCUUGAUCUCAAUUAAUAAAAUAAAAUCACAGCAUCCUUCAUGGGAUACUUGAUCCCUCAAAACUGACUUAAAAUCCCUUCCAGAGAGAUCAAUUCUGACAAUUUCACUUCAGUCUGUAAAUUAUUUAAUGUGGAAGAAAGAAGCAGCAUAUUUAACCCCCCACCCCCAAGUUCUGUUGUCACUCUUGGGACUACCAGCUGUAGAAUACAAGGAAAGCGAAGGCCAUAUUGAUUUUGGGUUCCACACAUGUAUGUAGACAGAUCCAGAGGAACUAUGUCAAGAACAGUUUUAUAUAUAAAGAUCAACCAAUGAGAGAACCUGCAUACAUACAGGGAUGGUCAGUUAACAAUAGCAUAAAAAAUACAAUGAUGUGUGCGAUAUCUACAAUCAGUAAUAAACACAGAUGUCACAGUGGUACACAGUAAAAUCACUAGUGUUAAAUUAACACUAACAGUGUUGUUUUACACUGGUGAUUUUACUGUGUACACAGCAUCCAGUUUCUUGAGGUACUGAUCAGGGGCAUUCAAAACAAUAAGUCACCAUAAUCCAGUAGAGAUAAACAAAAAAGAAAAAAAGUUGCUGAUAUCAAGUACUGUUUUGUCUUGGGAAGAAACUGGAUCUGCUCCUAAUGAAGAAACCCAAUUUGACCUUCAACUUGGAGACAAGGUUUUCAAUGUGUUUUGACAGAUUCUGAUCAAUGAUGACACCUAAAUACUUGUGACCAUUUCAAUUUCAACCACUUGAGUCGAGUUCUUAGGAAGAUUAGACGAUCGUUCUUUGCCAUUUGGAAAAAACAUGCAUUGAGAUUUUACGGCAUUUAACACUAGUUUAAGUUGAGAUAAGUGGGAAUGAACAACAAAAAAGGCAGACUGCAGGUGUUCCAGAGUUUUGGUUACUGAGGAGGAGGAACAAUAGAUGACUGUAUUGUCUACAUAGAAAUGGUAAGCAGUGUCAUAGAUACACUAUAUUUAUUCUGUUAUGGAACAAUUUUCAUGCAACCUUGCAAACGUUGCACUGUCUGAAGAAAAAGCUGUAGUGAGUCAGUGGUAUGUGCCCUUUGUUGACCCCCAAAAUGUGAAUUUGCUGCAAAUCGUGAAUUAUCUGCAACCAUUAAUGAAAAUUUACGCAAACCGUGAAUAUCCUCGAGCCAUUAUUAAUUUUGCUGAUAAGCGUGAAUAAAAUAUCCCACAAAAAGUGAACGCUGGUCUCGCAAAAUGUGAAAAUCAUUCAUGACAUAUACUUUAUUUCAGUUUAAGUAGUUUAAAAGACAAUUACUUGAUCGCAAACCCUAUCUCCACAAAUACAUAUAUUUCGGUCGGGGGGGGGGGGGGGGGGGGAAGGUCACGACCAGAAGAUCUGUCAAGGCAAUCUUAAUUUUCCUGUGCUGUUUACAGUCUAUACUGUCUGUAUGUUUUUAAAUUAUUUUGUGAAAAGAUGGUAUCCAUUUGCAAAAUAUAAUUUUCUCUUAAUCAUACUAUUUAUAUGGCGGUUGUAUCCAUAUUUUGCGACAUAUUGGCAGGCUUAAAUUCCUCUGCGAUACAUCAUUCCAAGCAAUAGCUGCACAAAAUAAAAUUGCUUUUUGUUAUAUAAAAUAUAACUUUAUGUUCAAAUGUGCAUUAUAUUUGUUUAAUGUGAAUUUUGUAUUCUUUAAAAACUAAUCAAUGUUUUGAAGAAACUAAAACAUUCAUCCAAUGAAUAUUUAUAAAUAGUUCAAUCUAACACUGUAAAAAAUCCAGCUUGGGCUUUGAAGGAAUUGACCAUAUAUACAUUUUAGCAAAAAUGCAUUAUCGUGCAAAAAUUAUAUACUAGCGUAUUGCUCGUGGCUCUAAAUUGGGUAGUGUUUAUAAAAUAGGUAGCUGACAUUUUCAAAGAUUGUAAUAAAUUGUGCAAAGUUUGUAUAAUGAGUUGGAAUGGUGUGCGAUUCCAAAAUGUUUUUAGACUUCAGCUUGUUUUGAAAAACUCGCCCUUUAAUUUCCUGUUUUACAUAUUUGUUAAUGUUAAUUUACUGUCUUAAAGUAUUUAGAAAUUGUUCAGGUUUUUGUUAUACACACUAGCAACAUUCUAAUCAUCAUUAUCAUUGUUAGUAUUAUUUCAUUGUAAUUUGUAUUUUGUCAUUUGAUUUUUAAACAGACCACAUUGGAAAUAAGUGUUUUCACUUUCUUGUGUCAAUCAUGUAUUAAAGUAUUUGCAAAAUUAUAUACUUACAUUGAACUUACUAAAUAAAAUCAGGUGCACACACACACGCUUUUAAUAUACAGAUGAUUUACCACCCCUUGCUGGAUUGGUGUGCAAGUCCAGAAUGUAAAUAUCCAUGUCCAUUGUUCAUUGUUGUUAGCUAAUGUUUCAUUUUGGCGCUGCUCAUCCUUGACCGAAAAUACAUAAACAUACCAAAUGGCAAAAGUCAGCUCUCCACAGUUUGUACAUGAUCAAAAUUGCAUACACACAGAUGCUGUAAGCAGGUGCUUUUAGUUUGACAAAGACAGUGGCAGAAGACAUUAAAAGCACGACACACUUCAUUCAUGGUACCAACAUGACACGUCACUUAUGGUAAUAGCAACAUGACAAUUAACUAAACCAAAUGAACUACAAAAACACAGUAAAUCAAUGGCAUGAACACUGUUAAACAUGAACCACUAACAACAUUUCAAACCCCAAAACCCCAUUGUGCACUGCAGCACAAUGUCCAUUGUUUACUGGCAAGCUAAAAUAGCUAAUUUCUCAAAAAAUGUUAGCCCUAUCAACUUUUUGUUUUUGCAGUAUUCAUCCUUGACCCAAAAUACAUAAGCAUACCAAACAGCAACGUCAGCUGUCCCUAGUUCUUGGAUGAAUGAAAUUCCCCCAAGCAGAGGCACAGGUCCCCCAGAUUGACAUGCGCCCAGCCAGGAGGUGAGCCACCCUGCGUCCUUGAAGGUUCUUGGUGCGGCUGUGGAGAAUGUGAUGAGCUAAGCUAUUUUUCUCAAAACCUCAGAGAUAAGCUAUCUUUCUCAGAACUGAAGCACAUCUCUGAGUGUGAAAAGCUUUAAAAAAAAAAAAAAAAAAAAAGAGGAUGUGGACUCUACCAAGGGAGAAAUUGGGAA